AGCAGUGCAUCCUUCGCCCAAGGCUUCGUGCUAGGCCAAUUGACACUGGCUCUGAUCCUGAUAUUCCUGAUCAAAUUCUUCAUCUUCGGUGAGCCUCCGUCAGCCGACAGUCGUGCAGCAACACGAGCAGCCCUCCGCCGACAACGAACCCUCUCGCACGCUUCGUCUUUGCGCCGUCGCUCCUUCUCCGACCUCCGUCUACGAAAACGCAGUUCUGCUGCUGUGCUCGCUCCACGAAACAUCUCUGGCGGCGCGGUCCUCACUACAGACAAGAUCUUGGAAAAGACCUACUACAAUGUCGAUGGACACCAGCCCGAGAGCUUGGACUGGUUCAAUGUCUUGAUCGCCCAAACAAUUUCUCAGCUGCGUGCAGAUGCCCUAGAAGGUGAUGCCGUGCUAACCUCCCUUACGAACGCCCUCAAUGGCGGACACCGACCACAGUUCAUCGAUGAGAUCAAGGUGACCGAGAUCUCGCUGGGAGAAGAGUUUCCUAUAUUCAGCAAUUGUAGGGUCAUUCCCGUUGAUGAGAACGGCCAACCUGUCAAGCAGAUGCCUGCCAAAAAGGGCACAAAUAGAGGGGGCUUGGGCGAGAGCAGAUUGCAAGCACGCAUGGACGUCGAUCUGUCAGACGUCGUCACCUUGGGCAUCGAGACAAAACUCGUCCUGAACUAUCCCAAGCCCUUCUCCGCCGUGUUGCCCGUCGCUCUAGCCGUCUCGGUCGUCCGCUUUUCUGGCACUCUUUCGCUCUCCUUUACACCCUCCCAACAACCAGACGCACCCACCACUGAAUCCGAGUCUUCCUCAGCGAACCCAUCAUCCUCACCUACCACACUAACCUUCACCUUCCUGGACGACUACCGCUUGGACCUCUCUGUCCACUCUUUAAUUGGCUCACGCGCCCGUCUGCAAGACGUACCCAAGAUCGCUCAACUGGUCGAGCAGCGUAUUCACGCUUGGUUCGAUGAACGCUGUGUAGAACCUCGUUUCCAGCAAAUUGUUCUACCUUCUCUCUGGCCGCGCAAGAAGAACGUUCGUGGAGGCACCGAUGAUCUUCCUGAGGAUGCCGUAGUGUCAGAUGCAGAAAUGGAUGCCGUGGCUUCGUCAUCCAAAUCGCGCAAUCGCGAGCGCAGCAGAGAUCCUUCUACUAACAAACGCGACAUUCGAACUGACCGAUCACCUGCUGCUGCCGCAAGACCCAAGCCCUCGAGGCAGGCUUCACGGCAGACCAAGCCAGAGGAAUUGAUGACCGAGGAGGAAAGGUUAGCGGCUGCUGGUGAAGAGCUCAGGGCUGCCGAGCAGAGAGAGUGGUCUAGAGAGCGUAGGAGCAGGGAAAGACAUAACAAGAACAACGAGGAGACGGUCCGACGAAGGCCGCGACAGAGUCAGCUAGCCAAAGAAUUGGACGUGCCGUCAUAG